UGACGGUCUUAUGUCACGUAAAAAUACAACUAUUACUUGUGGCGCAUUGCGGCUUUCUCGGUUUGAACUCCAUCUUAAACCUCACUACAGCUAAAAUGAUUAAGGGAAUUGUGGUUUUCAUCCUUUUGACGUGCAUUGGAGCAUUUUGCCAACAAUUGAGCGUGGACAAAGUGAUCACCAGAGACGCCCACCAGUCAAUUCGGGCACGUUCUCCUAAGCCAAACUCUCCAUUUGGAAGAUAUGCCGAGCCACGUCAAAAUUACCGUGAAGAUGACUGCUGUGUCAAGAAGAAGAUAGUGCAAAAUGGAAAAAUCAAGACUCAGUGUCGCAGCGAGCAUCCUGAUUGUUUCAGUAAAUCAGAUCCCAGAAGCCCGUAUUUUGGGAUGUGCGAAACUGUGCGGAACAGUCAAAAUGAUGUAGUUGCUUGUCGAUGCGCUGCUCAAAAACGAGAUAGUAACCCUAACUGACCUUUGUUUCAUUAAAAUCUUUAUCAUGGGAAGUUCUUAAUAAUCGCCUUAAAAAAAAAAAGAAAAAGAAAAGAGGCUAUUUAGCCUCUGUAUUAUUGCCUUCUCUGCAUCGGAAUAAUUUGAUUUACGAUUCUGCACCAUUGAUGACAAUGAGUGAUUAAGCUUUCUUCUCUUAUUCCUUUUGCUUGAUUUAAUCACAUUAAAACUAUUUGUUUACACGUGUCUUUCGUUAUCUAAAUUAGCGAAAAAUAUUUAUAGACAUAUGUAAAUGAUAGUGAAACUGCUCUUGGGUUUCAAAAAAGAGUGACCCGUUCCAAGUUGAUUCCCGUAAGAAACUACCGGCUAAUGUAAGCAACGUAUAAUAUAGCCUGUAAGUGCAUCACAGAAAUCAGAGGGGUUGACCUCGAAAUUUGUCAGAGAAUUUCAACUUCAUUUGAGAAAAAACUUUUUAUUAGGCUAAAUAAAUAAAUUUUGAUCUUGGU